ACGUAUGCAUAGCUGACCCUUCAUCUGAGCAUCAUUCUGCACUCGCUGGUGUUAAAAUAGUCUCUUCAGUCUUCAGAAAUAAUUCGAUUGUCGGAUAAAUAUAGAACAGCCGAGUCUUGGCAGCCAGAUCUUGGCGAACAUCUCUUUUUAUCUCAAGUUUCAACAACGUCCUCUACAGAUCUCACCACCAUCAUGUCUGACUAACCAGUCGUGGCUUGUCGAAGCGAUCUAUACCAGUACUGGCCAGUGACAUACUGUUCUCGGAAAUAGGCGCUAAAGUCUGGACCGAGACAGAAACUCCACCUAGAUUCAACAGAACUUUCCGUCACUGAUAAGCUUCGCUCGCCAUGGCUCCAGUCGGCAUCGUGGAUCGUUUCAAGAUGCUCUACAUGAAACAAACCUAUAUCACCCCGCCCAUUCUAUCAGCCAAUACUGCCGCCGUACUCUCGGUUCUUGCAACUUUGGGAUACGUGGUACCAUUCUACAUCUCCAAAACUACCCGCCCAUCUCCAUCCCUCAGUCGAGAUGCACCAUCCGUGAUUCGGAGUCGCGUGCGGGCCGUGACAAUGGCCUGUAUCGCCAGCACCAUCUUUGUUUUGUUUCUUAUUGCCCUGAAGGCGGACGAGAAUCCACUUUCGUUGGCCCUGAAACUUCUCGGCUGGUGGCCUAUCGGCAUUGUGGAGAUUGUUAAAAGUCUUCUCUUGACUGCUGUCUUGUUCAGUGGUCCUCUAUUUGAAAGAGGCGUUGCAGAGGAUGGGUGGAAAUCGUGGGUCCGGGGAGACGGUCUAUCAGAGACACUUCGGAGCUGGAUUGGCUUUCGUAACUAUGUUGCUGGCCCUAUCACGGAAGAAAUCAUCUUCCGCUCAGUCAUCAUUACUCUUCACUUACUAGCCAAAAUUUCCCCAGGACGCAUCGUCUUUGUGACCCCCUUAUAUUUCGGCAUCGCACAUAUACAUCACUUCUACGAAUUCCGACUUACGCACCCAGACACACCAGUCGCAGCCGUUCUAUUCCGCUCGAUGUUCCAGUUCGCAUACACAACCAUCUUCGGCUGGUUUGCCGCUUUUCUAUAUCUAAGAACAGGCUCCCUUCCAGCUGUUAUUCUUGUCCACAGCUUCUGUAACUGGUGCGGGUUGCCUCGAUUGUGGGGGCGUGUUGAAGCCGGUGUUCCCAUCGGACCGCCGCAGAUGCGAGCCAAGGAGGAUACUGAGGUUAGUCCGCUGCAAGUUGCGGGUAGUCAGUUGGGUGUUAGUUGGACGGUUGCGUAUUAUGCGCUUCUUGUGUCGGGCGCGGUUGAGUUUUAUUAUCUCUUGUGGCCUUUGACGGAGUCGAAGUUGGCGCUGGCUUCUUUUUAGAUGGUGUAUAUUACGCUGAUAUGGCUCUAUGUGAUAUAAUGUUGCAAUAACCGUGGAUAUGAAUGGUUGAUGGAAUUGUAUAUUGUAUGAUAUGAAGUCAAUGGUCUAAUGUAUAUGAUUUAAGAUC